AUUUGACGACAAUGUAAUGGUUUUUUGCAGAAUAUUCUUUGCUUAGAAAGAAAUGAAUUCUAACAUAUGGUUGACUUUACUAAAUGUUUGUUGAUAUCGGGUUAGCUAUCAGUUGAUUGUCAGUUGACUUGUAUUUAGUGUUUAGUAUGAAUAGUAAAGAUGUCAAAUAAUAAAGAGUCAUCCAAUUCAUCAGCUAAACCAAUAGAUUGGGCUCAUUAUGGUUUAGACACAAAUGAAUCCUAUCAACAAAGGACAGCAUUAGACUCCGGCACCGAUACCACACAUCUGGUGCAAGACUUAAGAAGCAAUGAACUGUUUCUUGAGAAUCAGGAUAAGUUUGAUAAGCAGUGGUGGAAAUCAAAUUUUUUCCUCUCAAAGCCCAUAUUAUUUGGAACCUGGGAUGGAGUCUAUACCUCAUGUGUCAUACAUUUGUUUGGUGUAAUCACUUUUUUGAGGGCCGGUUGGCUUGUGGGAAAUGCUGGCAUUGGUUAUUCAAUAUUAAUAAUAUUAAGCAGUGUUUUCAUCUGUUCAUUGGCCGCAUUGGCCGCUAUUGGCAUAUUUGAGAGACACGGCAGCGGUAAUGUCCACGUCUUGAUAUCAAAUGUUCUCGGAUCUAGAAUUGGUGGGUCAGUCAGUAUUAUAUACAGCUUUGGACACGCCGUUUCCUGUGCUCUACAUGUUAUGGGUUUUGCCGAAACAUUUUCUCAAUUCUUGAAAAAUGAUGAAAUUUGGAUUGAAAGAGGUAUCGGUGCCGCUCUGGUACUACUGUUAAUGGUUAUCAACAUAUUGGGCGUCAAAUGGGUUAUCCGUUUGCAAUUUAUUCUCUUAUUUUUUCUAUUUCUUUCUGCCAUUGAUUUUAUCAUUGGAGUUAUGAUCAGAUAUGAUCCAAGUAAUGGUGUCAUUGGUUUUAGUAUUGACAAUAUUAAAGAAAAUUGGGAACCAAAUAAAGACAAACCAAAAUUAAGUUUAUUCAAUGUAUUUGGAGUUUUCUUUCCCGCGGUUACGGGUGUUAUGGCCGGUAUUAAUAUGAGUGGAGAUCUCUAUAAGCCUAACAAUAGUAUACCAAUAGGAACUUUCAGUGCAAUCGGAACUUGUAUUUUAUUAUAUUUGGCAUUUGUAUUGGGAUUGGGAGCCACAUGUGUCCGGUCAUCCCUACUCACUGACUAUACAAUCGCACAAAAGGCUUCAUCAGUCGGAAUAUUCCUAUUACUUGGACUCUAUAUAUCGUCAUUAUCUUAUAGUUUAGGCUCAUUGUAUGCCACACCACGUAUUAUACAGAAUAUUGCUAAUGAAAACAUAAUACCUUUUAAAUGUUUAGGCAUUGGACGCGGACCUAAUAAAGUACCAAUCUAUGCUUUAAUACUAUUUUCAUUGGUCACUCUGGUAUUUAUAAUGAUUGGUAACAUCAAUAUGUUGGCGCCAAUUGUCACCAUACCAUACCUAAUGACUUAUGCAACCGUAGAGUACGCAUAUUUUUCGCUGGCUAUGACUUUUGAUAUACAAAUUCAUAGAGAAUCUAGAUUUAUGGCAUCGGCUUAUUGUACAAGUCCUACAUUUGACAAAAGUAAAAAAUCAAAGCAUUCAGACUAUGGAUCAGUUAAAAGUAACGAUUUGGACAAACUGUUUCCUGAAAGAGUUCAAACAAAACAUAUUAAAGUAAAACGACAGAUAAGCAGUCAGAGCAGCAGUAGGUCGUCAUCUAUAGAUCACACACCUGAUCCACAAAGAGAACUAUUACAUGAUCAGAGUGGCACCAGUAGUGCUGAUGAGUCCUAUGAUAGCACUGAUAGUUCUAUGGCUCACGAGUUAAAAGUAGAUCCAAAUGAAAUCAAAGGGAAACAAAAUAUUUGGUAUUCAUGUCUUAUAAACCGAUGGAUUAUAAUAUUUGGUGCCAUAAUUAAAGUGGUUAUAAUGUUUUUGGUUCAAUGGGGAUAUGCUUUAUCAUCAUUUAUAGCACUCUUACUGCUCUGGUAUUACAUGGGAGCUGUAAAUCCCGGAUUAUUUCCCGGAAUCACUGAAUUCAAAAUAUAUCCCUGGAUUAAAUCUAUUGUUCUCAAAUGCUUUGGAAUAAAAGUCGUUGAAUACGACCAGAUGGUUGUACCUACGGGUGCGCCUAAUAUGCAGUUACAAUCCGAUCGAUUGACUCAAGCAAACACUGACUUCAUGUCUCGUGAACCAUAUCAUCAGUCAUCGACUUGUCAUUACAAGACAUCAGACAACUUAACAAACAAUAAAUAA